GGCCCCGCGGCCGGAGCGCAGCCGAGCGGCCGAGCUGCCCGCGCGGCGCCCGCUGCGGGCAGCGCAGCCCGGGCCGCAGGCUCCCACCCAGGGGCUGCAGACGGCGCUGCUCUGGACCUGACCCACCACCGAAAACCACCAGGGUGACCUUGAGCCGCAAAACUGCUGUCCGCGUGGACCGGGGCCGACAUCGCACGUCCAUCUGCCAGGACCUCUGUGUCCAAACUCCGCGACAUGGCGACCAAUGGCAGCAAGGUGGCCGAUGGGCAGAUCUCCACGGAGGUCAGCGAGGCCCCUGUGGCCAAUGACAAGCCCAAAACUCUGGUGGUCAAGGUGCAGAAGAAGGCAGCGGACCUUCCAGACCGGGACACGUGGAAGGGCCGCUUCGACUUCCUCAUGUCCUGUGUGGGCUACGCCAUCGGCCUGGGCAACGUCUGGAGAUUCCCCUAUCUCUGCGGCAAGAACGGAGGUGGGGCCUUCCUGAUCCCCUACUUCCUGACCCUCAUCUUUGCGGGGGUCCCUCUCUUCCUGCUGGAGUGCUCCCUGGGUCAGUACACGUCCAUCGGGGGCCUGGGGGUGUGGAAGCUGGCCCCCAUGUUCAAGGGUGUGGGCCUCGCGGCCGCCGUGCUAUCAUUCUGGCUGAACAUCUACUAUAUCGUGAUCAUCUCCUGGGCCAUCUACUACCUGUACAACUCCUUCACCACUACGCUGCCAUGGAAACAGUGUGACAACCCGUGGAACACAGACCGCUGCUUCUCCAACUACAGCAUCGUCAACACCACCAACAUGACCAGCGCCGUGGUGGAGUUCUGGGAGCGGAAUAUGCAUCAGAUGACAGACGGGCUGGAUAAGCCAGGCCAGAUCCGCUGGCCCCUGGCCAUCACCCUGGCCAUCGCCUGGAUCCUUGUGUAUUUCUGUAUCUGGAAAGGUGUUGGCUGGACUGGAAAGGUGGUUUACUUCUCCGCCACCUACCCGUACAUCAUGCUGAUCAUCCUUUUCUUCCGUGGGGUCACGCUGCCCGGGGCCAAGGAGGGCAUCCUCUUCUACAUCACACCCAACUUCCGCAAGCUGUCCGACUCGGAGGUGUGGCUGGAUGCGGCAACCCAGAUCUUCUUCUCCUACGGUCUGGGCCUGGGAUCCCUGAUCGCCCUUGGGAGCUAUAAUUCUUUCCACAACAACGUCUACAGGGACUCCAUCAUCGUCUGCUGCAUCAAUUCGUGCACCAGCAUGUUCGCAGGAUUUGUCAUCUUCUCCAUCGUGGGCUUCAUGGCCCAUGUCACCAAGAGGUCCAUCGCUGAUGUGGCGGCCUCAGGCCCCGGGUUGGCGUUCCUGGCGUACCCAGAGGCGGUGACUCAGCUGCCCAUCUCUCCCCUCUGGGCCAUCCUCUUCUUCUCGAUGCUGCUGAUGCUGGGCAUCGACAGCCAGUUCUGCACCGUGGAGGGCUUCAUCACGGCCCUGGUGGACGAGUACCCCAGACUCCUCCGCAACCGCAGGGAGCUCUUCAUCGCUGCCGUCUGCAUCGUCUCCUACCUGAUCGGCCUCUCUAACAUCACCCAGGGAGGCAUCUAUGUCUUCAAGCUGUUUGAUUACUACUCUGCCAGCGGCAUGAGCCUGCUGUUCCUCGUCUUCUUCGAAUGUGUCUCCAUUUCCUGGUUUUACGGUGUCAACCGAUUCUACGACAACAUCCAAGAGAUGGUCGGCUCCAGGCCCUGCAUCUGGUGGAAACUCUGCUGGUCCUUCUUCACCCCCAUCAUUGUGGCGGGUGUGUUCAUUUUCAGUGCUGUGCAGAUGACUCCUCUCACCAUGGGAAACUACGUUUUCCCCAAAUGGGGCCAGGGCGUCGGCUGGCUCAUGGCUCUGUCUUCCAUGGUCCUCAUCCCCGGUUACAUGGCCUACAUGUUCCUCACCUUAAAGGGCUCUCUGAAGCAGCGCAUCCAGGUCAUGAUCCAGCCCAGCGAAGACAUCGUGCGUCCCGAGAACGGUCCAGAGCAGCCCCAGGCCAGCGGCUCGGCCAGCAAAGAGGCCUACAUCUAGGGGUGUCUGGCGGCUCGCCGACCCGACACUCUCACCCCCCGACCCGGCUGACCGUGACCACCACUUGAUGUCUGAAGAUACCGUCUAUCUCAACCUACCUCGAGUGGCGGCGAGUGCAGACACCAUCACCGUGCGAGGAAGGGGGGGACAGCCACGCCCCCGGUGGGCCCCGCCCGGGGCAGAGAUACCGCCGGCUCCAGCAGCUGUAGGCUGGCGACCUUUGUAGUCCGGGCCCCAUAAGCAUCAAGCAACCAGCCUUUGUGACUGUGUGCCGACCCCUUGUACCCUGCCCGAGAGUGUGAUGCGGCGUGGCCCCACACCUCGUGGCUUUUCCGUGACUCUCAUCUCGGGCUUUGCAGGCAGUUUGGUUCGUCAGACGCUGCUCUGUACACGUGAAAAGGGCAUUUUGUACAAAGGGGAUUUCCAGGGAGAGCUUGCUCUUAAGCAGCGGGGAGCCAGCGGAGUUCGUCCUUUCUUUUUUUUUUUUUUUCGUUUAUCCUUCCCGAGGCAGCUGGACAAACACCCCCCCAAGGACCUGCAUCCUUGUUCCCAGAGCUGCAGCUCCAGCGAUCUGUGGCCCGUGGUUCCCUGUCCCCACCCCCGCCCCGUCCGGCCAGGCCAUUCGGAUCACACCUGGCCCAACAGCGAUCAUUCCAGAGGGCCCAGCUCUCUCACUCCCUCCGUGGAAAACUGCCGCAAGCACAACUGAUCUUUGUAUUGCUGUUCUGGGGGCCCGAGGUCCCGCCGGGGGGUGGAGGGGGGGAUUCCCUAACCAGGAGCCCCAGUUUCUCCUAGGCCUCCGCAUUUUACGGCACACAAGUCAGGUGCAGAGGAAAUCAAGGCGGAGGUCCGUCUGUCUGUCCUCGAGGCUGAACGGAUGCACUUCUCUUUCUGUCUCCCCUUUCUGCCAUGUCCUCACUGCCGCCCCCCUCAAAAUGCUGCCUUCCUGGUUCACGCCCCUCAGCGGGAAUCCCCUCACUGCCACGGAAAUCUCCCCAGGCCACUAACUGAGGAGCUAGUGUUCACGCAGACCCCCCCCCCCCCACCCCCGCAGUGCUUCUGAGAUUAAACUGCUUCGUCGAGAAGUAGCAUUUGUUUCUUUCCGGAACUGGGCUCCGCGCUGGUGGUGCUGGUGGUGGACGGCGAGUCUGGCAAAGAGGCUUCCUGCAAGUUCCGGUGAUGCAGCGUUUCUCAUUUGCCAGGAAGAUGGGUUCCCACGUAGCAAACUCUAGGUCGUGCCCCUUAGCUCCUUAGCUCCUUAGCUCACAAAUCGUGUUUUACGACUAAUCCGUAAUAAUGAUGGUGAGUAACUGUGACUGUGGGUUUUUUAAUCUCGUCCUUCUCAUCCAACAGCGACCAGCAUAUACCCGUUCGUGCAAUAAGGUACUCCCCUCAGAAUAUUAAGCACAUUCUUGUAGAGAAAACAAAAAGUACGUGUCCGCGUAGAAAGGCACAUUCCUGUACAUUCAUCCUUGCGCGCGGUAGAUAGGGUCUCAUUUGGUGACGUGUAGGGAAUCUCACACCUUCUCCUGAGAUCAUCUGUAGAAUAGCCUCA